GAAGGAUGCUGGCUUCGAUUCGGAGAUUUUAAAAGACUGAUGUUUGGCCCCAGCGUGGAAUUCACAUCGGUGCUGAAGCCGGUCUUUGCCCGAGAGAAGGAACCCUUCUCCCUGUCCUGCUUAUUUUCGGAUGAUGUGUUAGAUGCUGAGCAGAACAUCCAGUGGUACCGAGAUGGGAGACUACUGAGACCCUCGGGUCGCCGACAGAUCCUCUACGCGGACCGCCAGGCAUUCCUGAAGGUGUCCUGUGCCUACAAGGAGGAUGAGGGGCUCUAUACCGUCCAGGUGCCUUCGCCCUUCGGGCCCCAGGAUCAGAGCGCCUACGUGUUUGUGAGAGAUGCGGCAGCCGAGAAGCCGGGGGCCCCAGGCUCCCCUCUGAACGUCCGCUGCCUGAAUGUGAACAGAGACUGCCUCGUCCUGACCUGGACCCCACCCAGCGACACCCGGGGCAGCCCCAUCACCGGCUACUCCAUCGAGCGGUGCCAGGGCGAGUCUGGGCAGUGGGUGCCCUGCCACGAGGCCCCCAGUGGGACCUGCCGGUGCCCUAUCCAAGGCCUCAUCGAAGGCCAGAGCUAUCGGUUCCGGGUGAGAGCUGUCAGCAGAGCGGGCGCCAGCCUCCCCUCCAAGGCUUCAGAACUGGUUGUCAUGGGCGACCAUGACGAAGCCCGGAGAAAGAAAGAGAUCCCCUUUGACCUGGGAAACAAGAUCACGGUCAGCACAGAUGAUUUUGAAGACUUUGUGACCAUCCCCUUACCUCCGACCAAUGUCCACGCCAGUGAGAUCCGUGAUGCCUACGUGGUUCUCGGCUGGGAUGAGCCAAGGCCUCGGGGCAAAGCCCCACUGACAUACUCUCUGGAGAAGUCGGUCAUAGGUAGUGGCACCUGGGAGGCCAUCAGCUCAGAAACUCCUGUGAAAUCUCCAAGAUUCGCUCUUUUGGAUCUGGAGAAAGGGAAGUCCUAUGUCUUCAGAGUGCGAUCAGUAAACCAGUAUGGCAUGAGUGAUCCAUCGGAGCCCAGCGAGCCCAUCGCCUUGAAGGGGAAGCCAGCUACUCUGCCUCCUCCAGCUCAAGUUCAAGCGUUCCGAGACACGCAGACCUCUGUGUCCCUGACCUGGGACCCGGUGAAAGGCCACCCAGAGCUCCUGGGCUAUUACAUCUACUCCCGGGAAGCAGGAUCAUCUGAGUGGCAAACAGUUAACAACAAACCCAUCCAGGGCAACAAGUUUACGGUCCCUGGGCUGAAGACAGGGAAAGAGUACGAGUUUUGUGUCCGAUCAGUCAGCGAGGCUGGGGUAGGUGAGAGCUCAGCGACCACCGAACCCAUCAGGGUCAAGCAGGCUCUGGCCACGCCAUCUGCCCCAUAUGAUUUCGCGCUCCUGAGCUGUGGGAAAAAUGACAUGGUCAUUGGGUGGAAGCCCCCCAAGCGUCGUGGAGGCGGCAAGAUCCUGGGCUACUUCCUGGACCAGCACGACUCAGAGGAGCUGGACUGGCACCCGGUCAACCAGCAGCCCAUCCCCACCCGGGUCUGCAAGAUCAGUAACCUUCGUGAAGGCCACUUCUACGAGUUCCGUGCCCGGGCGGCAAACUGGGCAGGUGUUGGCGAGCUGUCGGCGCCCAGCAGCCUGUUUGAGUGCAAAGAGUGGACGAUGCCCCAACCAGGCCCCCCGUAUGACGUGCAGGCGUUCGAGGUGCGGGCCACCUCCCUGAUGCUGAAGUGGGAGCCCCCCCUUUACACCGGGGCUGGGCCGGUCACAGGCUACCUCGUCAGUGUCCAGGAAGAAGGCUCUGAACAGUGGCAGCCAGUCACCCCAGACCGCAUCUCUGGCACCCACCUGAGGGUCUCUGACUUGCAGGCGGGAAAGAGGUACAGGUUCCAGGUUCAGGCCGUGAAUUCAGCGGGUCCGGGACAGCCAUCCAUGCCCACCGACCCCAUACUCCUGGAAGACAAGCCAGAUGCCCGAGAGAUCGAGGUUGGUGUGGAUGAAGAGGGCUUUAUCUACUUGGCUUUCGAAGCCCCCGAGGCCCCUGACUCGUCAGAGUUUCAGUGGUCCAAGGACUACAAGGGCCCGCCAGACCCCCAGAGGGUCAAGAUCGAGGAGAAAGCUAACAAGUCCAAGGUCAUCCUGAAAGAGCCUGGCCUUGAGGAUUUGGGCACCUACUCAGUAGUGGUCACCGAUGCUGACGAAGACAUCUCGGCCAGCCACACGCUGACUGAGGAAGAGUUGAACAAGCUGAAGAAGUUGAGCCAUGAGAUCAGAAACCCAGUGAUCAAGCUGAUCUCUGGCUGGAACGUUGACAUCCUCGAGCAAGGAGAGGUGCGCCUGUGGCUGGAAGUGGAAAAGUUAUCUCCCGCCGCUGAGCUGCAUCUAAUCUUCAACGAGAAGGAGAUCUUCAGCUCACCGAACCGCAAAAUCAAUUUUGACCGAGCGAAGGGCCUGGUGGAAGUGAUCAUCCAGAACUUGUCGGAGGAUGACAAAGGAUCCUAUACUGCUCAGCUCCAGGAUGGAAAAGCCAAAAACCAGAUCACCCUGGCACUGGUGGAUGACGAUUUUGACAAACUUCUGCGGAAAGCGGACGCUAAGAGGAGAGACUGGAAGAGAAAACAGGGUCCGUAUUUCGAGGAGCCCUUGCAGUGGAAGGUCACGGAGGACUGCCAAGUGCUGCUGACAUGCAAGGCAACCAACACCAAGAAGGAAACCUGCUUCCAGUGGUUCUUCCAGAAGAAAGAGACACCGGACGGUCAGUACGACCCACAGACUGGAGUGGGAAUCCUGUGCAUCGAGGAGCUGUCCAAAGAGGACAAGGGAAUUUAUAGAGCAACGGUUUCUGACAAUCGAGGGGAGGAUGACACCAUACUGGACCUCACAGGUGAAGCCCUGGAUGCCAUCUACACUGAGCUGGGCAGGAUUGGUGCCCUCUCUGCAACCCCGCUGAAAAUCCAGGGGACCGAAGAGGGGAUCCGGAUCUUCAGCAAGGUCAAGUACUACAAUAUCCAGUACAUGAAAACCACCUGGUUCCACAAAGAAAAACGCCUGGAGAGUGGUGAUCGGGUGAGGGCUGGCACCACCCUGGAUGAGAUCUGGCUCCACAUCCUGGACCCCAAGGACUCAGACAAGGGCAAAUACACCCUGGAGAUAGCCGCCGGGAAGGAUACCCGGCAGCUCUCAACUGAUCUCUCGGGACAAGCUUUUGACGACGCCUUGGCUGAGCACCAGCGGCUGAAAGCCUUGGCCAUCAUCGAGAAGAAUCGUGCCAAGGUGGUGAGGGGCUUGCCAGAUGUAGCCACCAUCAUGGAAGAUAAGACCCUGUGCCUGACCUGUGUCAUCUCGGGAGACCCCACCCCUGAAAUCUCUUGGCUGAAGAACGAUCAGCCUGUCACCUUCCUUGACCGCUACCACAUGGAGGUGAAGGGGCCGGAGGUCACCAUCACCAUCGAAAGAGUCAACAGUGAGGACAGUGGGCGUUACGGCGUCUUCGUCAAGAACAAGUAUGGCUCCGAGACGGGCCAGGUCACCAUCAGCGUGUUUAAACAUGGGGAGGAGGCCAAGGUGCUAGAGACAAUGAGAGAGCGUGUUCAGACACAGCCUGAGGCCUAGUGUGCGUGGCCCGGGAGGGUCAACCCCUGGGUCACAGCCUGGCACAGGCCCCUGGGCCGGGCAGGGGGGAAGGGGACAGGGUGGAACCCAGGACAGGGGGUGAGAGUGCAGUGGGUACACUAAAGCGCAGAGGCCAAGACCUUGCUGGGGUCCCGAGGGGUCUCGGGGUAGUGAGAUGGGCACUGGACUUGGAGUGGAGAAUUACACACAAGACCCCACUCCAAGUCCAAACUCGCCGUGCACCUUGCCUAUCUCAUCUGCUAAAUGGGAACUCCUACUCCGAGGGAUUGUUUAUGAAAACGCUUUAUGGUUGUCACAACCGGGGGCGUCUGUUGGCAUCUAGUAGGUAGAGGCCAAGGACGCUGCUAAACCACAGCCGCCCCCCCCCCCCACAUAGAAUUAUCAGACCCCAAAGGACAGUGGUGCCGAGGUUCAUGAGUCCUGCCAUAAACCCAUAGAUCGCCACGUCCCCCCUUAGGGGUCUAUAGUUUCAAUUCACUGAAGUUCAACAAACACUCUUCUGAGGUCCCUAUGUGCCAGGCUGAGAAUAUCCCAGGAAACACAAAGAUAGUUGAGAUGCAGGCCCUGCCCUCAAGGCUUUAGCCCAGCAGGAGAGACAGACCUGGAUAUAAAAGACUCCAGGACAAGGCAGAGAAGGAUGACAAAACAGAUCCAAAGAAAGUGCCCCCAGAGGUCAGAGGAGGGAGAUCGGUGUUCGUCCCAGUGGGGGAAGGUGGGCUUUAAAACACCUUCACAGGACUAGCGGAAUUGGAGUUGGACACUGGAAAGUGAGUCCAAUUUGGCCACGGUAUUGAGAGGAGGACAUUUCAGGAUGACGCUGCCUCGGUGGCCUUGGCCUCCAGGCUGAAGAGGUGGAGAACCUCGGGACCUCCUCCAGCUUGGGGCCUCUGCCUGGCGCGGCCCAUACUCGUUGGCCUUGUCGGCUGGACCUCAGCACAGAGCCGGUCGUGUCGCCGCGCUCCACUCUCCUUCUUUUUUAAAAAUGAGAUGUGGAGGGAGUGGGGUUUAUAAAAUGAUAGAUGCUUGUUGUAAUAUUUUGGAAAAACCCUGAAAAUGAUAGAGGAGAAAAUAAAAAUCAUCAACACUCCCAACAGCAGGAGAUAA